AUGGUCAAGGGAAAACUUGAUAUAAAGGUGGAUCGCAAGGCCAAGAAAAUACAGCGGUGCACUAACCUUAACGAUGUGGAGAACUUAUUCGUCAAAUCAAGCUGGGCAACGGACUCUGCAUCAGAAGAACUUUGCCGCCGUUCAACCUUAAUGGAGCAAUUCUUGCCGCAGAUACUGAAGCGCAGGUAUGAGCACUCCAGAACCGUUUUCAUUUGCUUAUCCACAAUCGCCGAGAACGUCAUGAACGGGCCUUUUCAAGCGGAAACCAUUACUGUCGUGGACCGUCAAUGCUUCCUCCCAAAAACAAUCAGAACGGCCCUCUAGCGUAAACACGUCGGGAGCAGACGUUAUCCCGAAGACGGCUACAAAUAGGGCGGCCCUCGGCUGAUGGGCACACUGACAUCGUUGUUGUGAGAGAUUUGGCGGCCGGGAAACAUGUCUUGGAACUUUACGGUCGGCAUCAUCGUAGACAUCUGAAAACUCAAGGACGACCGUCUACUCUGUAGUAAUCUUUAAACUAUUUCUGUCUUCAACGUUGCAGGCAAAAUCUUCGCUAGCGUCCUCCUCAAUUGUCUGAGCACUCACAUGAGAAAAAACAUACUCCGAAAAGCCAAUGAGGACUCCGGAAAAGGCGCAUAAUCGUUGGUUUGAUCUGCGCCGUCUGCCAGUUAAACGAAAAGUGCCAAAAAUGCAAUCAAUCCUCCAAGCUAAAUACGUAGUCCUAACAACUGCCUCGGACGCAGGGAAUCUCGAUUUAACCCUGCAGAAUUACGCUAACAUUUGGAUACUUCGUGCUGCUGGUCCAGGUAAUCAUGACAAGACAUCCGGGUAACGCAAGAAGCGAUGAGAUUAUACCCCAGCAACCGUCAAUUCACCUGCAAUAUCAUAUUAUCAGAAACAAUAUGAUACCUGAUAUAAUAUUGGUUUUACACCUUCGAUUGCUACCUAUGAGAGUUUCAUUCUUCCAGCCCAUAUUCAUCUUUUCAGCUGCUCAUUCAAAUAACGAUAAUUAGCCAUCCCUGAGACACAAAUAAACUAGGCGAUCAGAACCAAGAAGGUAUCCAAAAACUGGCAGCCGGCAAACAGCAGAUAUCUAAAGUGAUACAUUCGCAAUCGGGCAGCCUCUGGCCAAAAUAGAAGUUAAUUAAUCUCCGCGACGAAAGAAAUAUUCUUUAUCCUAAAACCAUCAAGCAAUAAGAUUAAAUCUCCAUAUUGUGUAUCUCGUUUCUCUUUAUAACGUAUUUAAUUACUAUGCCUUGGAAUCCAGUUUUCUUAUGCAAACUUCCAAAUCGCCCAAUAUUGAUUAAACAGACACCCAAGAAAUACACAGUCAAAUUACAAGCAAAAUGGAUGAGUUCGUUCUAGGUCUCUUUCCUAGACCUAAAACCCAAGAGGUGGUUCAAUAAACCUAUUCUAUUAUAGUCAGUUUACGCACAUGAUGUGCCAACUACAUAACGGAAUGAUGACUCGCGUCACAGACAAUAUGAUCGUCUCAGAAAUAUUUGGAAUAAUCAAUGGAGUGAAGCGAGUCCGUUUACCCAUCUCCAUCCUCUGCAGCUUAUUUUAAUGCACCAUGCUGAUUAACGUCUACCAUAUGGAACUGCCUAGGACCAAGAUCGUCUAUAGAACCAGCGGCCAGCUUCUUUAUAUCCGGUGAGUAUUAACAUCCUCGCGAAAAGCAAAACUUACUGUUUACGAACUUCUCUUCCUGAACGUGUUUGCACUUAAUGUAACGACAGAAAACCUAUCGAAAGAGGUGAACUGUCUCGUCUCUGGCUGUGGGAACUUCAAGCGGACCAGCAACACAGUCAAAAGGAUGGUCACACCAAACAGCGCUAGCGGUGAAAUAUGUUACGCUCCGAAUCAACGUUAACGUAACUCAAUGCGUAUCGCUCAAAUCGUAGGCGUAGCAUUCCUCGUUUGAGCAAGUUAGCUAGAUCCACCGACAGCAGAGACUGCCUUUUCAUUGGCGCAACCCUACAUGAUAUGGAAACCCAAAUGGUCCACGGUUUGCUGACUACAGAUUCCGUAAAGCCAUACGUCCGCCGCUUCAGAGUUACAAAAGCGCAGUAUCCCUGUUACACGCAGCCAAGAGAGCUUUUUGGGUUUUGAUAAAGGUAUUUUUUCACAAUUUUAGGAGCCUUCCUAAAGCCGCGUCGGAAAUGCGUUGUUAUAACUUGGAGCAUUGGACAGUUCAAGAUCGAAAUAGCAUAGAAAGAGUUCAAAUGAAUCGGGUCCCUCUUCUCACGUAAACCCACUGCUUUUCAGCCUAAUGUUCACCAACUCUUUCAUAAUACAAGUGGCCGUGAGGAUUCGUCUGGUCCCACUCCUGCAACAUCUGACUCCCUCCUUCCUUUACUCCUACAUCUCUCUCUCUCUCACUCAGGCUACUUGACGCAUUGGCCUGCCCAUAUGUUGGCGGCAGCCCCAGGUGUCGUUUCUUAUUCUCCAGAUAGCUCCCCCCUAGGACGCAUGAAAAUCCGCCUACAUGAGCUAAACAGACAAAUACCCCAACUCAACAUGGUACUGCAAGCUCUAACGUUAAAUCACCUGUGGCUUGUCGUCAGAGUGGUGAGACUCCAAAACUGAAUCAGGCUCCGAUCCAAAAGAAAGGUAGUACAAUCCCAUUUAGGGGUAAGCCGCCUUCUCUUAGAUUUACCAAGUCUUCAAAGCCCAGCUCGUCUACAAAUUACACAGCUGCAAUUAUACCCCCAAAUAUUUCUCUGUCCUGCGCGUGUGUUACUUGCCAAUGCCCUACUAUAUAUCCAGUAACUAAUUUAUACGUGAAUUGCCGUUAGUCAUUUAUCCCCCAACCUAGUUCAGGCUUCCGACCACUUAAGGCCAACUGCUCUCCGGUAAUUACACCUAACUCCUUUGACAUCCAACCUAAACCUGGCCUCCACCCUUUUGUUCUUAUAGCUGCCUACCCUCCCCCACCAGCCUCUACCUUCCUUCUAGGCUCCAUCCUCCACAAUUUAACUACCACCUGGCCGAUCCCUGUUUUAAAUCCCAUAGCAUUCCAAUGCUCGAAACUAUAUCCCCACAUCCUUUAGGUCUCCUCUCCGACCCAUCGUUUCGCUCAAAGGUACUCCAACGUACGGACUGGCUAAGUGGCUGCUACGGCGUCUCAAGCUCCUGACCGCUGAGUCAGACACUACGGUCACUUCGUCAGCACAAUUCCUGGAGAAACUCAAAGGGGUAAGCAUCCAUCCAAAUGAGGUCAUGGUAUCUUUUGAUGUUACAUCCCUUUUUACUUCUAUUCCCCAGGACCAGGCGAUCGAGACAAUUGAACUGCUACUACAAAGCAAAUACGAUGAAACGGAGAACCGUCUUGGACACGCCCAAAUCCUUCAGCUCCUGAAGCUCUGUCUCAGGACGUACUUCACGUUCGACGGGACAAUCUACGAACAGGUGAAGGGCACACCAAUGGGUUCGCCGAUUUCGGGAUUCAUCGCCGAGGCGGUCCUGCAACGGUUAGAGUCGCUGGUCUUCCAACACCACAGACCGAAAUGCUGGGCCUGGUAUGUGGAUGACACCUUCGUCGUCAUCGAACGGGAUCAGGUGUUGACAUUCCAAGAACAUCUCAACACCGUCUUCCCGAACAUUUAA